AUGCGAGCAUCCACAAUCCUCUGCGUCCUCACCGCCUCCUUGGCCGCAGCCGCCGCGGUCCAGGAGCCGGUCGAAGCCCGCGCCGCCGAGCCCGCCGAGAUCUUCGGCAGGGCCUGCAGCUCGAACGGCUGCAAGUGCGUCACGGGCCUGGCCCAGGGCGUGUACUGCGGCAACUGCGUCGUCGGCGCCGGCACCUACGCCGUCAAGACCAAGCGCGUGGCCUCGCACGCCUUCGAGUGCGGCCCGUCCGGGACCUGCUGCGACUACGGCGCGGCGAGCGACUGCGGUACCAGCCAUGGCCGGUGCAAGUCGGGAUCUCCCGUGUAA